ACUUGAAACUACAUCAAAUUCAAGGCAUAACUGCAAAGGAAGGAAACACUCUCAAGCAAAUGAUGAAGUUGGGAAGAAAGAAUACUUCAUUUACUUCAUCCCAUUCUUCUUUAAUCACCCAUGUCUUCCCAAUUUCUUGGCUCUCAAAGUUUAAGCAAAAGAAGGGCAGGUCUGAUGACCCCAUAUCAGCGAAAGCAAAGGAGGGAAGGCAACUAGAAUUGUCAUCCCCAAGUUCUUUAUCAUUUGUUCGCUGUGGAGAGGGUCGGUUCUAUAAUCGAGAUGAUGACUCUUACUGGAGGCUUUCAUUUGGGGAGGAAGCAGAGAAGCAUACAGUUGGUCUAAAUUCUGAGUGGUACAAUCCAGAGGAUGACGAACUUGGAGGCCCUGCAGAUUCUAAAUCAGAAGUCAUGGGAAUGGCCGGAAGAGAAGUUACUUGGAAAUUCAAUGACAUGGUCUCUGCCCUAAGAAACUCAGGUGUUUUGCAAGAGAAGGCAGGCAUUCCACUGCAAAAUGAUCCACUCAGAAGGAAAAAGAUCGCUGAGGAAAUAGAGGUGAAAACACCACAACAAAAAGCUGCAAAACCUCACAAAUUAAGAAAACCAGAGCGAAGGAAGUUAAAAGAGAAAAAUGCAGAUAGAGGAUCUAAGGAAGAAGAGGCGAUAAUGACCAAAUCAGCUGAGAAGAUUAUAUUUGAAGUAUACCCAGAAAGGAUUCCUUAUACUGGAGAAGACUUCGGGGAGUCAAGAGCCCCAAAUUCUGUGAAGCAGCCCAGCUUUUCUUUCUCGAACUCCAAUCUAGGAACAAUUGAAGAGGACUGCAUGUUGGAAGCUAAGAAUUUGGAGGAAUGUAUUGCCCUUUCUGAAAAAGAACAUGAAGAAAUUAGUUUGCAGUGGAAAAACUUGAAGGACAUAAAACCAAAAGAAAUGAAGUCAAAAUUAGAGCAGCAGAGGAGGUCAGUGUACUUCAACAGAGAUUGCCAGAGUAAAAGAAGGAAAUCAACCAGCAGAAUCAAAUCUUACUCUCCCAGAAAUACUGCCAAGAUUGAGUGCAAAAUCAAGGCUCUAGAGGAUAUCAAGAAAGCUAAGAGGGUGAAAAAGAAGACAAAGGAGAAAGCAAAAGGAGACACAACAGCCUUUGAUAGCUAUGCCGUUGUAAAGAAUUCAUAUAAUCCACAAAAUGACUUCAGGGAAUCUAUGAUUGAGAUGAUCAUAGAGAAAGGCAUUGAGAAGCCAGAAGAGCUCGAAGAACUCUUGGCUUGUUAUCUGACAUUAAAUUAUGAUGAAUACCAUGACCUAAUUGUCAAAGUCUUCAGGCAGGUAUGGUCUGAACUGAAUGAGCUGUAUCUUGCUGCUGUCUUACAGAAUGAGCGCUCAAGAGUUGAUUAUCAAUUCCUUGUGUAGUGUUUAGGAAUAAAAGAAAAGGUAAAAAUAUCUAGCAAUGAACUUGUGAUUUUCAUUGAACCGCACUUUAGAUUUAAAUUUUGAGAGCACUUGUACAAUGAAAUAUGGCAAGAUGUGCUUUUGAAUCUGUUGUACACCAAAGAAAUCCCAGAUAAAUUUGUUUCAAAGUGAUUUUUGAAGUAUGUUUAGUCAGACAUCAAUUGUACUUAGAAGAUUGCUAUGCUUCAAAGUCAGAAAAUACUUUGAAGAGAUCGACAUCAAUUAUUGAAA